GGCAUAGACGUGGGUUCGGCCCAAAGGUGUUGAGCGGCACAGCCAACGGGCAACGUGCUCGAUCGCGAGACAUAUACUUACUUGCUUCUUACUUGACACCUUACUUACAACAGUAUACCGUCGCCGUCCGUCCGUUGUGGGUUUUGGGUAGGCGAAGGCCCAGAAAUUGGCUACUCCGCCGGAUUAUCUAAACCGGAAGCAGAGCAACCUGACCGGACGAGGAAGUCGUGCAAACUACAUCAAAGCGAUUGGAUUCGAGACGAGCAACAGCACGACGAUGACGAACCAAAUACACCACGGUCGAAUCGCCUUUGUUCUGGUGUUGUUAGCAGUGCAAAGGUUUUGCUGGACUGUUGCUCAGCCCCAAGCCGGAGUCGGUGUCACACGAGACGGUUACCGUGACUCCGGUUACCGUGACCCCGGUUACCGCGGUUGGUACCGAGCAGACGACGAUCCGGUUACCGGACGGCGAGUGUCCAAACGACAGUCGGCAGCGGCAGCGACAGACGUACAAGGAGAUCAUCAAGACCAAGACGAAGGGGAAGAAGAAGAACAAGACGACCCGGUGAGCACUGUGGUGGUGACUGCCGUCCGCGGGUCUGUCGCUUGGAUGCCUUGCGAUAUCGGCGGUGGCAGUGUCAACAAUCUAUUACCUUCACCUCCCAAAAAUGCAUUCACGGCAGCCGGGGAGAAAUCCGAGGACAGGGCUUACAUGGUGCUGUGGUUUAAGUAUCACAGCCGUCAGUUAUCGCCGUUGCGUUAUGACCACAACGACAAGCCGGACAGGUUGCCGACGGGAGGCAAACCUAUUUACAGUUUUGACGUGCGCGGCCGACCAUUGGCCAGUGCGCUGAAGUGGUCUUCGGACGAGACAAACGGCGGUUUCGGGGCUAGGGCGUCGUUUGUGGUGUUCAACAGCGCCGGCGAAUUACUAUCCCGAGGGACUCCCGUUGAUGACGACGACGGCCAGCUGAACCGGGAAGACGACCAGGACUCUUCGUCCGCGUUCCAGGGAAUACCGGAUAAGAACGAUGGAGCUGCUCUCAAGGUCACUAACAUAACGGAACAAGAUGGGGGCGCCUACAGGUGCCGAGUGGACUUUAAGGAUGCGCCUACGCGGAAUUACAGAAUAAUCCUACGAGUGAUCGUGCCGCCGGACAAAAUGGCGAUAACCUACGACACGGGCACGGUCACGGCAGAGAUAACGGAAAUUGAAGACGACCAAGACGACGUGGGACCGGUACCGGAAGGCGGUCGCUUGGUGUUGGUGUGUCUGGUCCGAGGAGGGAAACCAAGACCGCGGGUACGAUGGUAUUCGGUAAAGCACGGCGGGAUGUCUUCACUUGACGAGAUAACCGAUUCAACGGAAGAAGAGUCUUUCGGCGCAGACGGUUCGGCGGUGACAGUAAGGAAGUUCACCAUCAAACGGCUGGACCGGAGCCACGCAAACAGCUCAUACGUGUGUACGGCUAGCACGGACAAUAUUAAAGAUUCCACUCUGCGCCGGACCGUCGGCAUAAAUAUGUAUUUAAACGUGCAACGGGUAGUCCUGAGGGAAGUGCACCAGCUGGAUCCGCCGGCCAGUCCGGAAAUAGUGGCCGUCAAGAGCGAAUACGAUAAGUACGACGAACGACAGCAGAACAUGGUGGCCGGCAAAUGGUACACGGCCGAGUGCGUGGCCGAAGGAGCCAGCCCCAAGGCUACCAUUCAGUGGACCAUAGACGGCAACGGCACGCAGUCGGGGGCCGUCGAAGAAACGGCAUCUCAGACGGCCAUGCGGUUGACGGUCAUCAAACAAACCAGCCACAGCAGUACCAUACGGUUAAGACCCACGCCAAACGAUGACGGCCGUUACUUGCGUUGCCGCGCUUGGAAUCCCGAAGUCAUCUCCACCAACGACAAUAACAUGAAAAACGACGCAGUGCUAAUGAACGUCAUGUAUCCUCCAAUCGUAAAACUGAGUUUGGGUCAUACGUUUGAUCCAAAUAGAAUCAAAACUGGAGAUGACGUUUACUUUGAAUGUGCCAUUUCAAUGAACGACGGUGGCGGUAGAGGGGUUAAACGGCAUCGCAACAGGAUAGAGUGGUAUCAUGAAGGCAAACCGAUAAUGCAAAACGGCAGCAGCAGCAGUUCAGAUAUUACUAACGUACUUUUAAGUACCGGGACUCUGGUCAUAAGAAAUGUCGGUCGACAUCAUUCCGGCCGGUACACUUGCCAGUGCAGCAAUGAACUAGGAAUAGGUCGAUCGCGACCAGUCCUCUUGCGUGUGCGGUUCGCCCCGGUAUGUGCUGACGACAACGACAGUCGGCGACCAAGACUUGUGGGAGUCGAAGGUGUGGGAGAAACCAACGUGCACGUGACCUGUCGGGUGCGGGCUGACCCCGAGGACCAGGUGCAGUUCGAGUGGCUGGUGUGGCCAGGGGCCGUAGCCGCCGGGGCCGCGGUCGGUAUCACCGGCAAGCACCACCACCACCAUCACCACCACCACCCUAACAUCCACGACCUGGGAGCAAGUGCCUCGGCCGCCGACAGUUACGUGACGACCGCGUUGUCCAGCAACCCGAAGAACGACACGUCCGCCGCCAUGGUUGCCUACGGCCAACUCGUUUUGACCGUGAGCGCUACCCGCGAAGUACCGCAGGACAUGUACGCCGCAGAAGGGUCGGCUGUCAACUCCAAGGGAUCGUCGUUGAAGUCACCAGCAGUGCUCAACACGGUCAGUUGCCGAGCGACCAACUCGGUCGGACGGCAGACGAUACCCUGCAUUUACUACAUAACCCAAGCGGCUGCCCCCUCCCAGCUGACGGGAUGUUUGAUCAAGAUGCCAAAGGAUCACGAGGUCGCCAGCGCCGUGGACGAUAGCGGCUCGCAGAAGCUGCAGCGUAGACGGUUUUCGAACGAGGCAAACGACGACACCGCGGUGAUCAGCUGUAACGCGGGCAACGACGGCGGCGUCAGGCCGGUCACUUACUCUCUCAGGGUGUACGAGGGCCUGUCGACGAGUUCGCAGUACAACUACGGCGAACCCAACGCCGUUGACGAGUACGAACAGACUCGGCGCCGUCGCAACGAAUGGCUGGUGGGCAACGUCACCGGCACCGUGGUCGAAGGCAGCAACCGGGUCGAGUACGUGGUCAGCCGACAGCUCUUGCAGUUGAAAAUCGGCGACAGCGACAACCGAAGGUACUUGAGCUUGUCGGCGUACGCAGACAACCGGAUGGGUCGCGGGCCAGAGACGCGGAUAGGCGGAGAAAACACACUGUCCCUCAGGCAUCCAUGGUGGUGGCAAGGAGGUUAUGAAGAGACCAGUACGAGAACGGCCGUUUCCGGCACUUCUUCUACCGAGUGGUGGAUCAUGUUGGGCGGCGGCAACGGCAACCGAAGGAAUAAGAACGCCGACGACAACAGGGGCACUUCGUCUUUAGGCAUAUUCGUCGUCUCCGUCGGAUCCGUGUUGGCGUUGGUCGUGUUAACGUUGCUUUUGCGGAAGAAAAUAUGCGCAAACAGAUCUCUUGCCGAGACCGAGACGGUCAUCGGCUCGAGCCUGAUCGCCGGGGCAAACGGCAGUGGUGCCGACGACCAGCGUGCAAACGGCGCCAACAACAACAAGUACUCUUUGUUUUCUCAACAGCAGCUAAACGGUUAUCCCCAUUUGGACGUGCACGGGAUGCCAGCUGGCGACGCACCGGACAUCACUAUACAACAGGACGUUUGCAAACCGUGUUUCGUUACCAUUCCAGACAACGGGAUUCCCGGACCGGAGAGUUGUGUAUAAGUUAUGGUAUUAUUAUGGUAGAGUUUUUUUUUUUUAUUGUUUUUGGCGCGUGAACGCUUCGACUGAUGAUACAUACAUAGCAAAAAUGUAGAUUAUCAUUAGCGACUAUUAAACCUAUUAUUAUGUUCGUAGUGCGUCUUCCCACACGGUAGUCUUGUCGUUGUUCAAUAACAAGUAAUGAAAACAGUAGAACACAAUGGGUAUAAGUGACAUUUUUAUUAAUUAUCAUCAUUAUAUCAUAACAAUAAUUGUGUGUACAUUAGUUGACGCGAGAAAAACAAAAACCAAAUAAUAUGCUUGCCUUUAUAUUAUAUACCGUACUAUUAACUAUUUUAAAAGACAACUGAUAGGCAACGUCUAAAUUGACAGAUUCGCAUAGCUUGGGCUGUCCUCUUGAGCUAACGGAUGGCUAGUAGUUAGAUUUUAAUUAUGGCAAGGUGGAAAAUUUCCGUUUUGGUCACCGUAGUAACUAUUUUGUGGGAUUCAUAAGGGAUAAGUGGACGUGGAACAGUACUCAAGUGUGAUAGUACUUAAGUAUUCAAUAAAUCGGAGCGAGUAAAAUAUAAUAUAGGUAUGGCUUACAAUAAUGGAUAGGGUUGGAAAUGAUCUGGGCCGCUAAUUGGAAACAAUUGGCUAAUUGGCCGCUAAUUUAAACUUUUAAGUGCUGUUUGGGGUUUGUUCUAAACAAAUGGGGAAAUCUACAUUUGUCUGUCUACUCAUCAUGUAUUUCGCAUCACCAAUUAUAUGCCACUAUGUACCAUAGUCAUCUUGAUAUCAUAUAGCAAUUUCGGGCUAUCAAUAUAUAUAUAUAUAUAUAUAUAUAUAUACACACACAUACUUCCCAUACCUCUUCUUUCGACUAUAGCUAGCUCAAUAAUUCUUAUCCUUGUUUGGCUCAACACGCGCAUUUCCUAAAUGCGUUUCUUUAACUCUGUUUGCCAACAGCUUUUUAUAAUCAUCUUAUAUAGCCUCAAUCUACUUCGGCUUACAUUCUCUACAGUUUUAUUUUGGCCGUAUUUCACUACCUAUAUGCCAAUAUUAUCAUAUGAAUGGAUAUAUAUUAUUAGCAUUUCAACUAAAAUACAUUAUUACCACAGACUAUGCAUAUGUAACUACUAGAUUAAUGUACAGCUCUACAUGGUAGGUAUUUAGAAAUCUAUACAGUUUUUCUAGUUCCAAUAAUGGAAUAUUUUCUUAGCAAUUUUACAACACUUUUUGAUGGCCACAACGGAAAUUCAAACCGGAAGAGUUAUUUUGAACAGUUUUAAUACAAGUGCAAUCCGUAUAAUAUGAACAAUUGAACAUAUUGUUGUAGGAAUUAAUUGUGAGCAAUUAAUAAACAUGUUAUUUAAUAAAAAACUAUCAUUGUUAAUAUAUUU